AUGAUGAAGUACUUGGAAAAGCGGGGUGAAAUUACCUUCGACAAGAUAUUCAACCAGAAAUUGGGCUACCUGAUCUUCAAGGACUACUGUCUCAAUUACCACGAGGAGCCAGUUCCACAAAUCCGGUUUUACGAGGAAAUCAAGAAAUUGGAAAGCCUUGAAACAGAUGAAGAACGGAUCGCACUGGGAAAGGAAAUCUACGAUCAGUUCAUAAUGAAGGAGCUUCUAUCUCAGUCCCAUGAAUUCUCCAAAGAAACAGUAGACCGUGUAUUGGAACUUCUUACAAAUGCCCAAAAAACUAGAAUUCUCCCUCCCGACACAUUUUCACCCUACCUUUCUGAGAUUUGUGAUUCCAUUCGAGGUGAUAUCUUCGACGCAUUCGUUCGAUCUCCUAGAUUUACACGAUUUUGCCAGUGGAAGAAUCUAGAACUCAAUCUUAAUCUCACAGCAAACGACUUCAGUGUCCAUCGAAUCAUUGGUCGCGGGGGUUUCGGUGAAGUCUAUGGAUGUCGUAAGGCGGAUACUGGCAAAAUGUAA